AUGAUCCACGACGAGAAGAAGGAGCCGGUGCAGCAGCCCGCUGAUGUCGACGAGUUCGAUUCCGAUGGAUACAGUUCGGCGGAGAUCUUGAAUGCGCUCAAGAAUGAGGACAACCAACAUGAGAUCCAGCUCCGGACCAUGUCGUGGCAGAAGGGCGCGUGGCUGCUGUGCGGAGAGCAGGUUUGUCUGGCUAUCAUGUCGCAGUCCUGGUCGCUGUCAGUCCUCGGGUGGGUGCCAGGAAUUAUCACCAUGUUGCUUUCCGGGAUCCUGUUCUGGAUCACUUCAACGACCAUGCACAAAUUCAUCAUGAAACAUCCGCAGAUCCGAAAUAUUUGCGACUUCGGAUUUUAUGCGUUUGGCAAGAGUCGGAUCGCCUACGCAUUUGCCGGGUUCAUGCUGAUGGCGAACAACAUCCUCCUGAUUGGCUUCCACAUCUUGACCGGGGCCAAGAUUCUCAACACCUUGUCGGAUCACUCCCUCUGCACGGUGGUGUUCUCGGUGAUCUGCACGAUCAUGGGCGUGGUGCUCUCCGUUCCUCGGACGCUGCACCAUGUCUCCUUCAUGUCCAUGUUCUCAUCUGCCUGUAUGGCCAUUGCCAUCCUUCUGUUCCUUAUCUUUGCGGGGAUUGAGACAGCGCCACUGUAUGGGUACAACGGCAACUACCCCACCGACGGCCCCGUGCGCACCUACGCCUUUCCCCUUCCCGGCACGACCUGGGUCAACUGCAUGAAUGCAGUUCUCAACAUCACCUUCCUCUGGGUGCCCCAGAUCCUCUUCCCAAGCUUUAUCGCCGAGAUGGAGCGUCCGCAGGACUUCCCUAAGGCCCUCGCCGUCCUCACCGGGAUCUCCGUCAUUUUGUUCAUCGUCCCCCCGGCCAUCGGAUUCCGCUACCUGGGUCAGUACUCUACCGCACCGGCAUUCGGCAGUCUGGGGACGGUCGCAUACAAGAAGGCUUCCUUUGGGUUCGUCAUCGCGCCCACUCUGAUCAUCGCCGUUAUCUACGCCAACGUCAGCGCCAAGUUCGUGUUCGGGCAUCUGAUGGGUCGAUCCCGCCACGCGCACAGCAACACGGUCAUCGGCUGGGGGGUGUGGCUGGGCCUGAUGGCGGCGAUCUGGAUCCUGGGCUUCAUUUUCUCGGAGGUCAUCCCCAGCAUGGGCGACUUCCUGUCUCUGCUGGGAGCGGCGUUUGACUCGUUCUUCGGGUUCAUCUUCUUUGCCGUGGCGUACUGGCAACUCUACAAGGGCAAGUUGUUCGCCGGCGCUGGCCGCAGCAUCAUGACGGUGAUCCAUGUGUUUGUGAUGGUGUGCGGGUUAUUUCUGUUGGGACCGGGGCUGUAUGCGGCCGUCGAGGCGAUCAUUGCGGACUAUGCCGGGGCGGUUUCGCCGGCGUUCAGCUGCGCGAAUCUGGCCUUGUGA